UUUACGUUACGCCGUGCAGUAUAAAUUGGCAAGACGGGUGCGUUUUGCUUCAGUUCAGUUGCAGAAGUGAUCGCAAAUUUGGGAAUUUAGGGAUUCGAGGUGUUUGCUGUUCUCUCACUCACUCAUUCUUGUUUUUGAAGAAGAUAUUCUAAUCGAAAGCUCCCGUCUCUUGUGUAAGUUCACCGCAUAUUUUCCUUUCAUUUCCAAGAAAGUAGGGAAUUGGUUCGAGACGGUAAAAUGCAGAACAAAGAAGCAGUACUGGAAGAUGGCCAAGCAGCGCAUGCGACUGAGGUUCAUGAUUGGGGCAAUUUUGUGGAUGAUGACAUAAUGCAGCAGAAAUCUGCAAUUAAUGCUGAGGAAGCCAAGAAAAUUCCAUUUCUCGGCGAUAAGGAACCAAUAAGUAGCUUAGCUGCUGAAUAUGAAUCAGGCAGUCCAAUCUUGCUGGAGAAAAUAAAGGUGCUUGAUGAGCAAUAUGCUGCUAUUCGGCGAACUCGGGGAGAUGGCAACUGCUUCUUUCGCGGCUUUAUGUUUUCAUACCUUGAGCAUAUUUUGCUAAGUCAAGAUCAAGCAGAGGUUGAACGUAUACAAGCUAAUAUUGAAAAGAGUAGGAAGGCACUACAGUCCUUGGGUUAUGCAGACUUGACAUUUGAAGAUUUUUUUGCGUCAUGAAGAACUUGUUUCUAGAUGCCGAGAUCCAUCAGUUUCUGAUUAUGUUGUAAUGUUCUUCAGAUUUGUUACCUCUGCUGAGAUACAAAAGCGCUCAGUGUUUUUUGAACCUUUCAUAAUGGGUCUGACUAAUACUACAGUCGAGCAGUUUUGCAAAUCAUCGGUUGAACCAAUGGGUGAAGAGAGCGACCAUGUGCAGAUCACUGCCCUUUCUGAUGCAUUGGGUGUUCCAAUCCGUGUUGUGUAUCUUGACCGCAGUUCUUGCGAUACUGGAGGUGUCAGCGUAAAUCAUCACGAUUUCAUGCCAGCUGCCAGUGAUCUCCCAAAUGCUAGUGUUAGCGAUGGAAAGAAUAAUCCAUUCAUCACGUUGCUAUAUCGCCCUGGUCACUAUGAUAUCCUCUAUCCAAAAUGAGAGCCUACUCAGGAAGAUCUCCAGUUACACUUUUUGGUGGUGUUUUGGAGCCGCAACAGCUCUGCACUGAGCUAUGCUACUAAGAACGGUCUUAGUCUUGUAACUUUGUUAAUGUUGAAUGGUCAAUUUGUCUAGAAGUUUCAUCUGUUUAGUACUGAUUAACCAGCACAAAGUACAUUAGCAUCAAUGCUCUAAUAAUCAAAACUCACUUUGAUGCGUGUUACACGUUGGCAUGGCU